AUGCUUCGAAAAAUAGAGUCUCCCGCCAAAUAUGAAUUGCGUUCCGUCAUUCGAUUUCUGCAUGCUGAAGGAAGCAAUGCAGCUGAAAUUUAUAGACGAAUGAGUAAAACGUACGGAGAAGCGUUCCUUAGUGAAAGAAAUGUUAGGAACUUUGAUGCUGGACGCACAGAUGUUCAUGAUGCAGGCGAAAAGGGAAUGAAGUCAGUGUCAAACGAUGAUCUUAUUCAGCGUUUGGAUCAGGCGAUUAGCGGAAAUCGUCUGUGUACAAUUUCUACGUUGAGUGAAUUGAUUCUGAAAAUUUCCCGGUCAGCUCUCUGCAUCAUUGUGAGUGAAAGACUCGAGUACCGCAAACUCUGCACGAGAUGGGUUCCCAAGAUGCUGUCUGACCAUCACAAAACUCAACGAAUGAGCACCGCAUUAAUCUUCCUCGAGCGGAUUGAAGCGGACGGAGAUGAGUUUUUGGACAAAAUUGUCACAGGAGAUGAGACAUGGGUCCAUUACGAAACUGACGAAACGCUGGCUAGGAGGACAAACUUACUCCACAGACAACGAGCUGCAAACCAGAGUACAGAAUUGGCUGAAAACACAGGUGGCUGCAUUCUAUGA